CGCGGGGAUCGCCCGGGCCUACCGACCCCACCGCGGGCCGAGGCCGAGGCUCUGUAGGCCUGCUCCGCAUCCCGUCCGUCCGUCAGACGGGCCUGCCGCCGCCGCCGCCGGCGAGCUCCACGGGAGCCACCGGGGAAGGUGCCAAAAAAAGAAGAAAAAAAAAAAGAGGAGAUGGAGACCGGAACCGACCGGCCUCGGAGACGCUCUGCCCCGCGAGGGCCGGGCUCUUGGUUCCGGCUGCCCUUCUUCCAUCGGCGGUCCUCGGCCCUGCGUGCUACCCGGGACAGCUCCGGGGACCCCACACUGCCUUUCUCUUCCCAGCCUCGGACCAGCUACUGGGUGAAAUUGCUUGCCCAGCUCCUGGCCCCGCUCCCUGGGUUGCUCCAGAAACUGCUGCUUUGGAGCCAGUUUUUGAGUGGCAUGAUUCCGACUAGAUGGCUAGAUUUCUUGGGAGGCUUCAGCGUCCUGAGAGCCUUGAGGGGACGGGAAGAACCAGCCGCGCCCACGGGGCACAAAGCUUUGAGUUCCCUGCGGCUGGACCCCGCGGACUCGGUGGAGUGGCUGGAGCAGGGGAUCCGGUGGCAGUGCUCCACCUCAGACCAGGAAUUGGAACUGAAAGCCCUGGGAAGGGCUUUGGACCCCAUGACACACGCUUUUCUCCUGGAGCAGCAGCUGUGGGGAGUAGAGCUGUUGCCCAGUGGCCUCCAAGCCCGUCUGAUGUCUGACCGAGAAGAUGGCUCUUCGCCCUCUGGACUUGUAAACAUCCAGAGCUUGGGCAAUUUCAAGGUAGUCUCCUAUCUGCUGAACCCCUCCUAUCUGGACUGCCUUCCCCGACUCGAGCUCGGCUGUCAGAACAGCGUUGCAGCUGACGAGCUAGUUGAUUUCCGGACCCUAACCCCAGAGAGCUGCUGCUUUUCCGAGGACCGUUGCCAUCCCCAGCCUCUGCGUGCAGAGAUCCCGGCAGCUUCUUGGCAAGGGUGCCCACCGCUGUCUACAGAAGGCGUGCCGGAAAUCCACCAUCUUCGUAUGAAACGGCUCGAAUUCCUUCAGCAGGUUAGCAAGGGGCAAGAGUUACCCACCCCCGAUCAAGAUAAUGGUUACCACAGCCUGGAGGAGGAACAUAGCCUUCUCCGGAUGGACUUGCAACACUGCACAGAUAACUGGGCGCAGUGCCCUGCUGGAGUCCUUCCUGGAGCCACCACCGGGGAGCCCACCGAAGAGAAGACAACACUGUUGAUCAAAGAGGUUCCACUUGCUCGGGAGGAAGGCUGCCCAUCUUGCGAGUUGUCUGCGGGAAGAGAGUCUGGAGAGGGCCAUACCAGUGUCGUUGACUCUUCAGACACACGGGAGGAUAACCUUCCCAUGUCUGUCCGACCAGCUUGUAGCAACAAAUUGAUAGAUUACAUCUUGGGAGGUGCCUCCAGUGACGUGGAAACCUGUUCCGGUUCCGAAGGUGAGGAUUGGGACGAGGAGGAGCCUGAGGAUGAUGGUUUUGACAGUGAUGGCUCGCUGUCAGAGUCAGACCCCGAGCAGGAUUCCGAAGGGAUCCUUUGGAACUCUUUCUGCAGCGGAGAUCCUUACAGUCCCCAGAACUUUACCGCUAUGAUGCACAGUGCCGCCGGACUUGGUCCCAGGGACCCUUCGGAUUUGGGGAAGGAUUUAUGUGGUAUCUCCGAUCUAGGUAGUUCUCCCCAUUCUGGAAUUCUUCCUGAGACCCCUGACCAUAAUUCUGAGGAGGAAGAUGACUGGGAAUCCAGUGCAGAUGAAGCAGAGAAUCUCAGACUUUGGAACUCUUUUUGUAAUUCUGAUGACCCCUACAACCUUCUAAAUUUUAAGGCUCCUUUUCAAACAUCAGGGAAAAAUUGGAAAGGCUGUUGUGACUCAAAGGCACCAUCUGAGGCCGUGGUGGCUUUUUCCGAGUGUCAUACAUUACUUUCCUGUAAAGUGCAGCUGUUGGGGAGCCAAGAAAAUGAAUGUCCAGACCUGGUACAGCAGGAGGUUCUUUUUGGAGAAAGAAAUACGCAUAUCAAAAGAAAAAAGGUAACCUUCCUUGAAGAAGUUACUGAGUAUUAUAUAAGUGGGGAUGAGGAUCGCAAAGGACCAUGGGAAGAAUUUGCAAGGGACGGCUGCAGGUUCCAGAAACGAAUUCAAGAAACAGAAGAUGCUAUUGGAUAUUGCUUGACAUUUGAACACAGAGAAAGGAUGUUUAAUAGACCAGGAGCCUGCUUCAAAGGACUUACUGUUUUCAAGCAAUGUUGAGAUGAGUGGGCAGCCUGGAGCCCUAGCACACACUGCCUCUUACUUGAGAGGUUUCUCUUAAGAACAACUGUUGGCAGCUGUCCUUUGACAUUUCUUUUUUUAAAAAAGUACCCUGUACCUAGUAAUUUAGUUUGAAUUUUUUUUCCUCUUAGUACUAUGUCCCACUAGAAAUACCUAAGGUUUGAAGCUAGACCUGCUAAUGAAGGAUCUCUGAUUUUUAACCUUCUCUUCAAAUUUAGUGGUUGGAUGUGCAGGGUCUUGCUAUGUGGUCCUGCCUGGCCUGGAAGUCUAUGUAGACCACGUUGAACUUGUGGUGAUCUUCCUGGAUGCUGGGGUAGCAGGCAUGUGCCACUAUGCCUGCCUUGCUGGGUGCUUUUAAACAUCCUUUGCUUGCUUGAGGUGAAAACCCUUUGUGUUGUAAUUUUGCACUUUCAAAAUUUCUUACUGGGCCUGAUGGUGCAGACCUAUAAUUCCAGUUACUUAGGAGACUGAAGCAGGAGGAAAGGAAGUUCAAGGUCUGGCUGGGCUACAGAGUGAAUUUAAAGCCACCCUAGUUAUAGCAAGAUCUUAUCUUAAAAAACAAACAAACAAAAAAUCCCAAUAACCAAAUACUUUAUUUACUUGGGAAACAAUAUUUAUAGGGCUUAAGCCCCACAUUCAGUUCUAGUUUAAAUUAUACAUAUUUAUCUAAAAACUUUGGGCUCUUGUGUGUUUUUCUCUAGCGUUCUGAAAUUAAUAGUUUUAUGAUUUCUAUCUCCCUUACCCCUCUCUGUGUUCCUCACUGUAGCCCAGGCUGGCCUUGGAUUUUUAGUGAUCCUUCUGCCUCAGACUCUUGAGUGCUACAAUUUACAAGUGUGAGCCACUAUACUUGGCUAUGUAUUUUUAUUUCACUAAUUUGGUCACCUUAAGGGUAAAAAAAAUCUCCUGUAUGUGUUACCAGCUUAAAGGCCAUUAUGUCGUGUCUUCCCCCCUCCACACACACACACACUUUUUAAAAAGUGACUUGGAAAAAAAUUUUUUUUCCAGGUUUUCAUGUGUAGUCCAGGCUAACUUUGAACUUAAUAUGUAGUCGAGGAUGACCAUGGAUGUCUGAUUCUUCUACUGGGAUUACAGGUGUAUGACACCAUGCCCAGUUUAUGUGGUGCUGGGAUUCAACCCCAGGGCUUCAUGCGUACAAGGCAAGCACUUCCCCACACGUAAGUUACACACACCCAGUCCUAGAUUUUUUUAAAAAUAUUUUUAUUAUUUUUUAUUUAUUUAUUAGAGACAGAGAGAGGGAGAGAGUGAGAAUGGGCAUGCCAGCAAACUCCAGACGCAUGUGCCACCAUGUCAUCUGGCUUACAUGGGACCUGGAAAAUCGAACCUGGGUCCUUAGGCUUUGCAGGGAAAUGCCCUCAUGGCUAAGCCAUCUCCCCAGCCCAGAUUUGUUUUCUUUGUGUCAGUUGUACUUAACAUAUUUCCAAGGACUGCCACAAAACCUGUAGUGGUGUACUUCUGUGACUUUGAGAAAGCAGUAUUCGGCUGCUGUUUUGUUUUUUUUUUCCUUCUUGGAUGUUUCACCAUGUAGCCCUGUUGGCCUAGAAUUUAUUGUGUAGACCAGACUGGCUUUCACACUCUUGGUGAUUCUCCUGCCUCUGCCACCCAGUUGCUGGAAUUAGAAGGUUUCAUGCCAUACCCAGCCGGCCUGCCAAAUUUUGACGUUUUUUUCCCCUUCAAUGUCUAUGUGAACUGCUCUUUGGAGAGGUUUCUUUGUGUUAUUGUAGUUCCAAGUAGAAUGUGGUUCUUUGUGUCUUCCAGUAGGUAGAAAUUGUAAAGUGCUCUAGGAGUAAUCAUUACAUCAUAGAUGUUUAUUUUUUUAAUUUAAAAACCUAGAGUUAUACUAAAGGGAGGUGAGACACAUCAGAAAUGUGGUUUUGUUUUAUAUACUCUUAACAGAAAACCAGUGUUACUAACAUGCCUCAGCACGGUCACUUUUAAAACUUGUCAGGGUGACACUAAACUUGGAACUGGGCAGUGCUGCAUUUUCACAUACUAUAAACUUUACUCAACUUCUGGGUUGAUUGUGUUCUAUAUAUUUAACAAUGAGAGAAGCAGUGGUAAGACCUGUACUUCCAAAAAAGCAUAAAGUGAAGAUAAGACAGGGAGUUUUGAUAUCUAGCCCAGAGCCCGUUUUUGAGUCGAGGUGUGUGCAUUGAUUGGACAUGCUUAUUACUUAGAUUUACAUAGUAUGCACACGUGGGUCACUUCCUCCUCCUCUGCGUGCCUCCUACCAGUGGUAGAACGCAUGCAUAGAGCCAAUGACCACUUAAUUUUGGACUUACUCGGUAUGGGGUGGAUUUUGUCAGAAGCGCUUGCAGGGUAACUACCUCAGUUUCUAACCUACCUUGUCAUUUCAUCUGGUUUGCUCUAAAAUCUGCCUCCGGUGUUAACAUAUUCAUCCAUGCACACACUGAGAGUGCAACACUAUGAAGCUGGUCACAUGUCUGCAGGACUCUUUCUGUGUGUUGUGAGCGCAGCUGCAGAGUCUAGUAUGGACCAUGGAAACGGACCAGCUUCAAGCCUUGUUGGUUGGAAAGCAGGCAUGUGCCUAAGGAAGAAAGAACUGACACUGCAUAGACAGUCUUUUAAAACCAAAACUAAAGCAUGAUAUUUUAUUUCAGAGAUUUAGGUUAUUUUUGUGUUUCUGAAAUCCAGCACCUGUGGGAUAGCUGUACAUUCAUUAAGUUUUGAAGAUUGUUUCCUGAGAUUCCACCUCACUACUAGUAAGGAAAAGCCUGGUUAAAUAUCCCAAUACACAUAACCCUGUAGAAAUGAUGAGGGUGGAGGACAGAAACUGGACCAGAGGAGAAGAGAAAAUUCCGGUCCUUGACAUCCCAAACCUUACGUAAAUAACCCCUCCCAAGAAAAGAAAUUCCUUAGAGGUUUCAGCUGAGUGUUUUAUACACUCUCAUCUUGUAAUGGUGCUUUAAGUGUUGAUGUAAGCAUAUGAAAGGCUGAGUGACAGAUGUGAUAACAGCUCAUGUAUAACUUGAAAUCAGAACCAUCAGACUUUAUUUUUUUAUAAUUUAAGGCAGAUGAAAUUAGGAGUAGAUGAUUUCUAAAUUGGCUUCUUCAUAUCCAGUGAUUUAAAUGUAUCCAGUUGGGAUUUUAUAGCUAAAAUUCUAUUUGUAUAUAAUUGUUAACUAAUUUGUAAAUUGUAAUAAAUAUAUUUGCAGUUAUUAAAUGCUA